UGACGCCGAAGCGCGCUAACUGACGAGGAUAAACAAUCGCAACAAACAUCCGCGCUUCUUUUCUAUAGCACACCACUUGCUACAACAGGCACAUCGCACUCCUGAUUGCUGGUCAAUCGCAUCACCACGAGCCCCAUGCGAUAGCCGGCAUCGCUCUCGUUUCCAAUACUAACCCCUACAGGCGCGUCUUAGGCGCAGCAGCGCGACGCGAACAUGGACGACUCCGUAAUGGACGACUCAGUCUUCGAAGACGGCGCCUCAAGUGACUUCGAGCCUGAGCCGGCGCCAAAAGCUAAGGCAAAGGCAGCGCCAAAGCCCGCAACCACCAAAGCGCCUGCGAAGAAGGCACCUGCAAAACCGAAAGCCACCAAGCAGACGACCUUGAAAACCACCAAGGCCGCGCCGAAGGCAGCUGCGAAGAAGCGCGCCCUACCAGACUCUGACGAGGAGAACUCGGACGUCGACGUACCCUCUGAUAACGACGACUCACUUCUUGCCGAUACGCCACCCUCGAACAAGAAGCAGAAGAAAGCGCCCGCUAAGAAGAAGGUCGCGUCAGAACCACUCGCUGAGAUCGAGAACGAGAGCUUCAUGGACGUUCCGGUAGCUGCAACGGCGAAGAAGGGGUCGGAGCAAUAUCAGAAGUUGACACAACUUGAGCACAUUUUGAAGCGUCCUGAUACAUACAUCGGCUCAGUCGAGUACACAACCGACCAGCUAUGGAUCUACAACUCGGAGACGGAGGCAAUGGAGAACCGAAAGGUUAGCUAUGUGCCAGGUCUGUACAAGAUUUUCGACGAAAUCUUGGUCAACGCGGCGGACAACAAGCAGCGUGACAAGAACAUGAAUGAGCUGCGUGUCGAUGUGGAUCCCAACGAAGGCAAGAUUUCGGUGAGAAACAACGGACGUGGUAUACCGAUCGAGAUGCACGAGAAGGAGGGUAUCUGGAUUCCAGAGAUGAUCUUUGGGCAUCUUCUGACAUCUUCCAACUACGACGACGAAGAAGCAAAAGUCACUGGUGGGCGAAACGGAUACGGUGCAAAACUCACCAACAUCUACUCGACUGAGUUCCACCUGGAGACUGUGGACUCGAAGACCAAGCAGCGCUACAAGCAGACAUGGCGCAAGAACAUGAGCAUCAUGGAGAAGGCCAAGAUCGACAAGAUCAAGGGCGAUGACUACACGAAGAUCACGUUCAAGCCUGAUUUUAGCAAGUUCGGUAUGGACAAAAUGGACGAGGACUUCGAAGGUCUGGUCAAGCGACGAGUUUACGAUAUGGCUGGCACGUGCAAGGGCGUCAAGGUCUACUUGAAUGGCGAGAGAAUCAAUAUCAGCAAGUUCAAGCAGUACAUGGAGAUGUACACCAAAGCUAUCAAGACCGAGAACCUGGAAAAUGACGGGAAAGCACCGGAACAGGUCAUCUUGACAGACAACCCUCACGAGCGCUGGGAAAUCGGAUUCGCUGUGUCGGAUGGCUCAUUCCAGCAAGUGUCAUUUGUCAAUUCCAUUGCGACGACCACGGGCGGUACGCACGUCAACUACAUUGCAGACCAGAUCUGUGACAAGCUCGAACAGAUCGUCAACAAGAAGAAUAAGGGCGGUGUGAAGCUCAAGAAGGCACAGCUUCGGAACCACAUCUUCCUGUUCGUCAACUGCUUGAUCGUAAAUCCCGCGUUCACAUCGCAGACAAAAGAGCAGCUUACGACCAAAGUCAGCGCCUUUGGCAGCAAGCCGCAGGUCACCGAGAAAUUCCUCAAAGACAUCGCAAAGACCGAGGUCGUUAACAACAUCCUCCAUUUCGCGCAGCAGAAGGCAGACAAAGUCCUGGCUAAGUCUGAUGGCGGUGGUCGGAAGCGCAUGAAUCACUCCAAGCUCACUGAUGCCAACAGAGCUGGUACAAAGGAUGGCCACAAAUGUACUCUCAUCUUGACUGAAGGUGACUCAGCCGCCUUGCUGGCGUUGGCAGGUCGUGCUGUGGUCGAUCCAGACUACUUCGGUGUUUUUCCACUCCGUGGUAAAGUGCUCAACGUUCGCGACGCCUCCGUUGACCAGAUUUCGAAGAACGCGGAAAUUCAGAACAUCAAGAAAUUUAUCGGCCUGCAGCACAAGAAGGAGUACACAACGACCGUCGGUUUGCGAUAUGGUCACAUCAUGAUCAUGACAGAUCAAGAUCACGAUGGUUCCCACAUCAAGGGACUUCUGAUCAACUUCUUGCAGGUUCAGUUCCCCUCGCUACUCAAGAUCGAGGGUUUUCUGCUUGAGUUCAUUACGCCCAUUGUCAAGGUCUGGAAAGGCGACCAAAGACACCCAAAAGCAAAGCGUGACUUCUUCACAAUGCCUGAAUACGAGGAGUGGAAGAAAUUGCCAGGCAACACCAAGGGCUGGGAGCACAAGUACUACAAGGGAUUGGGUACAUCGGACACCCGAGAUGCUCAAAUAUACUUCCAGGAUUUGGACCGGCACCUGAAGCGUUUCCAUAGGAUGCGGGAGCACGAAGAGGAACUGAUUGAUCUCGCUUUCUCGAAAAAGAGAGCUGAUGCACGUAAAACCUGGCUGCAGGGCUUCGUUCCUGGCACCUACCUGGAUAUGUCGGGGACAGACGACAUCACUUAUGAUGACUUUGUCAACAAAGAACUCAUUCUCUUUUCCAUGGCCGACAAUAUGCGAUCCAUCCCGUCCGUUGUGGAUGGUCUCAAGCCUGGUCAGCGAAAGGUCAUGUAUACCGCCUUCCGCCGCAACUUGAAGAAGGAUAUCAAGGUAGUCGAGCUUGCUGGUCUGGUCUCUGGUCUGACUGCGUACGCGUACGGUGAUGCAUCGCUUCAACAGACCAUCGUCGCUCUUGCACAGAACUUUGUGGGAUCCAACAACAUGAAUCUUCUGGAGCCAAGUGGUAACUUUGGUUCCCGUCUCCAGGGUGGUAGCGAUGCUGCCAGCGCUCGUUACAUUUACACGAGACUGUCACCUUUCGCGCGCCGUCUUUUCGACCAGAAGGACGAGGCACUGUUGCGGUAUAAUGAGGAUGAUGGCCACACCAUUGAGCCAGAACUGUACAGUCCAAUUGUGCCUAUGAUCCUCAUCAAUGGUGCUGAUGGUAUUGGAACUGGUUGGAGCACUUCCAUCCCAUGCUAUAACCCAGAGGAGGUCAUCGACAAUCUCAUUCGACGUAUGACCCCGGGCGCCACCAAGGAGUCCAUGGUGCCUAUGAUGCCAUGGUACCGUGGUUGGACAGGACAGACCGAGCAGCUUACGGAGGAUCGCUUUAAGUUCCCUGGCAGGAUCGUGAAGACAGGCAGCAACGAAGUUGAGAUCACCGAAUUGCCCGUGCACCAGUGGACGCAAGACUUCAAGGACAAACUGGAAGAUAUCAUCAAGGCCGAAAAGGUACCUUCCUUCAUCAAGGACUACACCGAGUACAAUACGCCUGAAACCGUUCGCUUCAUAAUUAAGAUGGAGGAGAAGAAACUGGCGGAGAAUGAAGAUAAACUUGAGGAGCUCUUCAAAUUGGCAAAGACUCAAGCGACAUCGAACAUGGUCGCAUUCGAUCCCCAGGGCCGCAUCUACAAGUAUGCAACGCCCCAGGACAUCAUCGAGGAAUUCUACGGGUACCGACUCACAAAGUACUUCCAUCGCAAGGACCACAUGCUGGAAGUCAUGCACAAAGAACUGAACAAGCUUACCAAUCAGGCGAGAUUCGUGCAGUAUAUCAUUGACGGCAAGCUGGUCGUCAGCAAGAAGAAGAAGUCCGUGCUGGUCCAAGAGCUCGACAAGCUCAACUUCACGCGCUUUCCAAAGGUCGCUGAUGCCAAGAAGGCGGGUGAGGCAGAGGAGGCUCAAGAAGAUGACAAUGAAGAAUCCGACGCCGAUAUUGCCGCUGGCGCCAGCGACUUCGAUUACCUGCUCGGUAUGGCCAUCUGGUCGCUCACCCAGGAGAGAGUAGAGAAGCUCAAGAAGCAGAUUGGUGAAAAGGAAGAGGAGAUCAAUGACCUUACUGUCAAGACCCCUCAGGACCUUUGGAAAGCUGAUCUGGAGGCACUCCGCGAGGAUUGGCACACUGCGCUCGAUGAGGAGAAGAAGCGUGAGAAGAAGAUCAAGUCCAAGGGACGCCGUGCUUCGGCCAAACUUGGUCUCACAGGCAAGGCUGGCAAGAAGCGUAAAGCCGGUGACAGUGAUGACUAUUCGGAUGAGGACUUCGGGCCAAAGAAGCCCAAGACCACGAAAUCGAAAGCUCUUGGAGGGUUGCUUGCCAUGAAGACGGAGUCUAAGCCAGCUGGAUCCUACCCACUGGUCAACGGAGUCGAGCAGAAGCCUGUGGCGCCUCCUCCAGCUGCAAAGCAGACGACUCUAGACUCAGCAUUGAAGGCACCCGAGCUUUCGAUCAAUGUCGAAAAGGUCGAAACUGCAGCACCGGCGAAGCCGCGUGGUCGUGCGAAGAAGGCUGUUGAAGACACAGACUCCGACGCUGUCAAGCCAGGAGCAAAGAAGACUGGCCGGGCCAAGAAGGUGAUCGACUCUGAUGUCGAGAUGGAAGACGACGACGAUGUCUUCGCUGCUGUAGCCAAGGAAGCUGCUUCGAAGCCUCCAGCACGUGCUGGCAGGGCCGCGGCUCAGAAGGCGAAGAAAUACGCGCUUGACAGCGACGAUUCUGAGUCUGACGGAGGCAACGAUAUGCUCGCCGAUGUCAGCGAAAUGGUGAAGGGCGUUGGCAACGUUAGCGCCGAUGCCCAAGGCUCUCGCCUCUUCCACACCAGUGCCCCCGCUGCAUCUCGUCCAACCAGCAGCCAUGGUCUGAAGCCAAAGGCCAGCAAGAAGACAUUGGCGGACAUUUCCGAUGACGAAACCGAUUGGGCUCAACUCGCACAGAACUCGCCUCAGAAGGUCACGAAUAGGACUAUCCUGUCUGACAAUGAGGACUCGAUGGACAUUGACGUUCCCGCCAAGCCAGUUGCAAAGGCAGCUCCGAAGACCAAAGCUGCGCCAAAAGCGAAGGAGACCGCUGCUUUGAAGCCAAAGAAGGCUCCUGCUCCUGCCGUAGCCAAGCCAACAGCACUUUCGCCUGCCGCCAAAGCUUACGCAGCGAAGAAGGCGAGCGCGCAAGCCAAAGCCGGUGCAUCGAAGAAGAAGCUGCCUUCUUCCGACGAUGAGGAUGAGGAUGACGGUGUGGAUCAGAUUGCGAAUGACAUUUUGAGCGACGAUGAGGACGACAUCGCUCCGGCCAAGCCGGCGGCACGAUCUCGCCGUGCUGCUGCUACUACCAAGAAGUCGAAAUACACCAUCGAUUCGGACGAGGACGAGGACGAGUCAGAAGACGAUUUCGAGGAUGCCGAUGAGAGCUUUGAUUAGGGCGUUGAGGAUACCGCGCUUUCCGGGGGCGAUUUGAGCGCGUGGUGCGCGCGGAUAUGAUACCACUUUCUCAGGAUUAACAGGUCUAUGACUGAGUACUGCUAGACAGUAUGCAGUCAAUUUUCGUAUCUCGUAAGAAUUCGCUUUGAUUCCGUUGGCUUCAACUCAUACACUACCUUGAAUUUCGUGCAAUGCCUUGUGAUGAGAGUGACAACAAGGCUUCUACUCUGCUUAU